AUGCAACAAUCCUCAGCAAAAUGUCUCAAAUACUCAGUCUUUACUUUCAAUUUCAUUUUCUUCAUCGCAGGGGUUCUUUUGCUAACAUGCGGUUUUAUGGCGAUGAAAAUGAGCUCCGAGUUUACGAAAAUCAUUGAAUCGGUCGAGCAGCUUUCCCUUGUAAACAAAGCGCUGUAUUUGGUCAUUCUAUCCGGAGGACUCCUCACAAUCAUCGGCUUUUUCGGCUGCUACGGUGCCCUCCGUGAGAAUAAAUGCCUCUUGAGCUUGUUCUUUACAAUCAUCUUUGUAAUUUUGGUGAUUGAGCUGACUGCUGGGACAAUUAUCUUCCUCAAUGCUUCUGAAGCGCGCCAAUUCGUCAACCAAAGCCUCAACAUCUAUCGCUACAGUUGUGAUCAAACGGAGCUGAGGACUUUAAAGGCUGAAAAUUCGACUGUUCCUAAGUUUUGCACGAUAUCUCAAGAAACUCAGCAGAAGAAAAAAGGAGGUGAUGGGGAAAACAACGACUGGAUUGAUAAUUUAAUCACGCAUGACUGGAAAAGUGGUGAAAUUCCCGUGGAGAUUAUUCAAAUUGGAGCUCCCGUUGUUCAGCAACUUUGGGAUAAUGUUCAUGAAUUGUUCCAAUGCUGCGGGAUCAACGGAAUCAGCGACUGGACGACAUUUUCCAACCAAACUCGAUUUUUCGGAAAGAUUCCAAAAACCUGCUGCUCUCCCGAAUCUCGCGUUAAUGAAACGAUCAUUCCGACAAAUUCAAGCGAACAAUUCUUGUUUGAAUUUUGCCCGGAUGAUGGAGAAAUAAGCAACGAUUAUGGCUGUGGGGAUCGAAUAAAUGUCUACUCGAAUCUUUUGCUGAGCAUAUCAGUUUCGGCCGGUUUCGUCCAAAUCGUCGCCCUUGGUGUUUCCUGCCUACUCUGUAGGAAUAUUGGGGACUUGAUCAAAAACGAUCGGAGAAGAAGAUGA